GGGGGGGUUGCUCUGGCCGAGCUGGGUCCUGACGCGCUCUCUGCCCCUCUUCUUCCCUCAGCCCCGGCCGCCCUGAGGAGCCUCCCGCCUCCCGUCGCCGUGGGUGUAUUGCACGCCGCAAGACAGCUGCAUACAACUCAGCAGCGUUUGGCUCCUUUGCCACCCCUGCCUGAGAAAGGAGGAGAAGUGCGUCAUGGUUUGAUCCCUGAGGAGUUUUUCCAGUUUCUCUAUCCUAAAACAGGAGUUACAGGCCCUUACAUGUUUGGAACUGGGCUUCUGCUUUACUUGCUGUCUAAGGAAAUCUAUGUUGUUAACCACGAGACGGUUGCAGCUGUCUUCAUAUUGUCAGUCAUCAUUUAUGGCGUGAAAAAAUACGGGUCUGCUGUAGCAGCUUUUGCUGACAAACUGAAUGAGGAGAAAGUUGCUACAGCUUUAGCUGUGAAAAAUGACACUAUUAACAGUCUUGAGACUGCCAUUGAAGCCGAGAAGAAGGAGCAGUGGCGGGCUGAAGGCUGCAGUUACCUCUUUGAUGCUAAGCGGAAUAAUGUUGCAAUGUUGCUGGAAACUAAUUAUCGAGAAAGAUUACUGACAGUGUACAAUGAAGUAAAGAAAAGGCUGGACUAUCAAGUGGCUAUGCAGAAUUUAAAGCGUCAGAAAGAACAAGAGCACAUGAUCCAGUGGGUGGAGAAAAGCGUUGUUCAGAGCAUCACACCUCAACAGCAGAAGGAGAGUAUUGCCAAGUGCAUUUUGGACCUGAAGGCGUUAUCGAAGAGCAUGCAGGCAGCGGCGUAACCACGUUGAUUCCACUGGCAUGUGUCUCAUUGCUGUUGGAAACUGUAUGAUUCUAAAGUAUCAUUAAACAAACAAACCAAC